AUGAAGUUCACCAACACUGCCGCUCUCAUCAUUCUCGCCCCUAUGGUGGCCGCUGCUCCAGUCGAAUCUACGGAGAAGCGCAACCCCGAAGCUACGAAGCAGUAUUUCCACGUUGCUGGAGACGUUCUCGACAAGAGAGACCCCGAGGCUGCUAAGCAGUAUUUCCACGUUGCUGGAGACGUUCUCGACAAGAGAGACCCCGAGGCUGCUAAGCAGUACUUCCACGUUGCUGGCGAUGUCCUUGAUAAGCGUGAGCCCGAGGCUGCUAAGCAGUACUUCCACGUUGCUGGCGAUGUCCUUGAUAAGCGCGAGCCUGAAGCUGCUAAGCAAUACUUUCACGUUGCUGGCGACGUCCUUGACAAGCGAGAGGCUGCCAAGCAAUACUUCCACGUUGCUGGAGACGUUCUCGACAAGAGAGACCCUGAGGCUGCUAAGCAGUAUUUUCACGUGGCCGGCGACGUUCUUGACAAGCGUGAGCCUGAGGCUGCUAAGCAGUACUUCCAUGUCGCCGGUGACGUGCUCGAUAAGCGCGAGCCUGAAGCUGCUAAGCAAUACUUUCACGUUGCUGGUGACGUCCUUGACAAGCGAGAGGCUGCCAAGCAAUACUUCCACGUGGCUGGCGAUGUUCUCGACAAGCGCACUGAGGCUUCCGAUUAA